GUAAGCUAGACAGCGCCGCAGGUCGUGUUCGGUGUGCAUCAUGGCGACUUCUUUACCCGACGUGGACGCGAUUUUGGAGAUGAAGCUGCGCGAUCUCAUGAAAUUGUGCAAAGAACUGAAAAUCGACUGCAAAGGAUUCCGGACUGCCGCUCAGUUCCAGGAAGCGGUGUUUGACUACAUGAAACAGCACGCCACACUGCAUCGUGCACCGCCGCCGUUUGUUACAGCUGCUGGUGCUCUCUUUGAAGCAUUUGCAAAGAAGCGUUUGGAGGUUGUAACUAUUCUGGACGACGUGAGCAAAUUUCUGCAAGCAGCCGACGUCAAACCAUGGCUGACUAAACUAGACAUGCAGCAGUACGACUCAUGGAUGACUCCCGAGAUGUUCGAAAAGGCGAAAGAAUCCAUAAUGAAAGGAACUCCAACUUUGCUUGUGGCAGGCCCUACCUCUGCCGGUAAGAGCACAUUGCUAAAUGCUCUUCUAGGAGAGCAGGUUCUUCCCACUUCCUACAAUGCAACAACGUCAGCUUUGUGCGAGAUCAAGUACUCGGAAGAGCCUGGCAAGAAGUAUGCUGUUGUGCAUGUGAAUAUGGAAAACUCCGAUCCUGUUCCGAUCAAACUGGAUUUGUCACUAAAAGAGCAUCAAGAUAAGUUUGCCGAGUACGUGUAUGCAAACAGAGAACAGCUUGCAGAGGAUGACAGUGGAGAGGGAGAGGCAGUUCCUCAAUGCACUCGUGCUGAAAUCUUUUGGCCUGAAGAUUUUCUGAAGCAUUUUACCCUGGUCGAUAGUCCUGGUGUAACUGAACAAGAAGGAGAUUCCGUUGCUCGUCAGAUCACGGAAAAGUUUCAGACCGACUUGGCUUGUGGUUUCAUCUAUGUUGUAGAUGGCACGCGUGCAGCAGAGGAGGCAGCUCAAGUUGGAGGAUUAUUGUUGGCCGUGUCUAAAGGUGUUGGCAGUUUGCCUCCAGCCAAUUCUGCUCUCUUCGUUAUUAACAAGUGGGAUUUAGCAAGUCAGCAGAUGAGAAAAGAUGAAGAAAGACAGGAAUUUAUGUCAAAGCUGGAACAGCAGGUGUCAACUCGAUGGUCUGGCUUAAAACCUCACCAGCAGUUGAUCACCAUGAAUGCUAAACUAGCAGUAAGAGCCCAACAGCUCGGAUCCAGCACGGGUGACAUGAAGAAGUUAUGUAAAGCUAUACAGCAAUUAUUGCCGAAAGGAAUGGACCACAUGAUAUUACAGGGACUUCGAGGUGUGCAAGCUCUUUUGGAUCGUGUCGAGCAAAGCACUGAAAGCACUCUUCGUGUCUUAGAGCUCCCAAUGCAAGAACGAGUGAAGAAAUGGGAAGUUGACUGGAAAAAGCUGGAAUCAUUUCGUCAUGAGGAUGGUACUUUCGGCAAAGAGGUGCGUAAGCUAAAGGAUUCAGUGGAUUGGAAGAUCAGGCAGUUAGCCUUUACAUUGUGGAAUGAUUUGAAGUCUGGGAAAGGCAAAGAUACUGUGUUCUUAUUCAAAGGUGGUCAGAUGAAGGAGUGGGAAAGGAAAGUGUUUGAGGCUCGAGAAGUGCAGUCUUUGGUUGAGGGUCGUGUUACAUCAGCUGUUCUGCAGCAUGAUGGUUUUGAAAAAUUUAUUGAGUGGGCAACCAAGGAAAUCAAGGGCUCUACUGAAUCAGUGCUCGCACAUCUAGAAGUAUUUGGUGCGGAGGUCACCAAUUUCACUCCAUCAACUAUCGAUACAGGUUGGGCAGAUCGACUUGUAGAUGAUAAGAAACGAUGGAAACCCAAAAAUGUUGCAAAGGCAGUUGCACUAGGUUCUCUGGCUGUGGCUGCUGCUCCUGUUGCUUUAGUGCUCGGUCUUAUUGCUAUUCCUAUAUUCAAAGCAGCUCAAGCUGUUGGUGACAUAACUUUCAAAAAAACUUAUAUGAGGACAUACGAUGACUUUCUUGCUAAGUGUGCUGAAAAUGACUACAAAAUGCUGCAAGAAAUUGUGACUGAUCUUUUAGAACGGUCAUGUGAGGCCGUUCGCUUGCUGAAUUAUGAAAUUCCUCGUCGAAUUAAAGAACUGGAAAGUGAGCUUGAAACAAGAGCUAAACAGGAAGAGAAGUUCAAAGGUGAUUAUAAGAAUAUGCUGGAGCUAUGUUUAGCUAAAAAGAAGAAGCUUGCCAAGUUUGUUCUUAGUCUUAACAUCCAUGAGUAUGCAGAAAAUGACAUCGAGUGGUCCAAUCCAAGAACAGCAGUCGCUGUUGGUAGCUUUGGCAAAGUCUUCAAGGUUAAUAUUCCUGAAAAAGGGAUAGCUGCUGUCAAGCUGAUGACAGAUGCUGUCAAUGAAGAGAAUGCAGAAGAAUAUCUGAAGGAGCUGAAUUCUUGCAGGCAGUUUAGGCAUCCUAAUGUUGUUGCAUUCUAUGGUUCUGUCCAAGUAGCGUCUGAUCCUGAAGAACCUCCACAGCUUGGGCUUGUCUUUGAAUGGUGUGGAGGUGGCACUCUCUUAGAAGAGAUUACUUCAAAGAAAAUACCCUCUCCAUGUAAGCCUGAAGGUGUGCAACGAGGAUUAGAAGUAGUUCUUCAAAUGGCCAGCGGAUUGAAGUUCCUUCACAGCAGGAAAGUGGUGCAUAGAGAUCUAAAACCUGAAAAUGUGAUGAUGACAGACAAGAGAGUAGUGAAGCUUGGUGAUAUGGGCCUUGCCAAACCUGUUGAACGAGUGACCGGUACGUUCUGUGGUACUAUUCUGUACAUGGCUCCAGAAGUACUCUCUAGUAAGCCAUAUGGUCCUUCUGCUGACAUGUUUAGCAUUGGCAUCAUUAUGUGGGAAAUAUGGAACAAGAAACGAGCUUAUACAGACUUUUUCACAAUGAACUUAGGUAUUCAUGAUUUCAUUCAGUUAGUUACAGACAAUGGAGUUCGGCCUGGAAACUUUGAGAGACCAUCUCCUCCUGCUCCUGGUGGUGUUGAUAUGAAAGCUCUUCAUGAUCAGUAUGUAUUGUGGGCUGAAACAUGCUGGAAUGUUGUUGCUGCAGAGAGGCUUACAGCAGAACAACUUCACGAUAAAGUCAAGAAUUUUUUGGAAAAUUGAAAAAUCUUUUACAUGAAUUACUUGUGGUAUGAGGUGAAUAGCUUCUUUGCCUUGUGCUUGUAUAGAAUGGAAGGAUUGUCAUUUUGUAUGAACAUGAUUUGGAGUACUGUGUAUUAUUGAUGAUUAUUCUUAUUGUGUUUUGCUCAUAUGAAUUGGAAAUGAAAUGGUGAUAGCAAACCUUUUUAAUGGUUAUUGUAGUUUGAACAAGUGUUAUUGUUAGAUUGACACUUGUACACUUAAAGUAUAACACUGACUAAAUUAUUUUUAGUCAGCUACGCAAAAAUCGAUGGCAGAAGAAUUUUUGAUGACUGUGUUGAACAUGUAGCCUCGUAGUCUUGUCCUGUGCCCGUAGUAGAACAGAUGGAGCUUUGCGAAAAGAU